GUGAAUAAGCGGACCGACCCAGCGGGCACUCCGUCGAUCCAGAAGGGAGGGAGGGCCUUUGACAGAUCUCCGGGCUGGGCUGGGUCGAGGCGGUCCGGUCUGUCUGGUCGGGUACGUGCAGCUGUUGCGAUACCAACUAGCACCUGCUCCUGCUCCGAUUAUUAUUAUUCUGGUGCGCUGGAUAAUUGCGUGCGGAAUUUUCCGCUGUCGUCCGUCGUGUUAUUCUGGAAUUUAGAAAGCGUCGCUCGCAGUGGUUAGAAGGCUGAGGAUUUCGCGGAUCCCCGGAAGCUGCCUGCUCUUAUAUAUCGCGACCCACUUUCGUUGCUGACGCAGAACGCAGAGCUCGAAUUGGCGCUGGAAUUCGGUGAGGAGCAUCAGCAGCAGCAGCAAAGCAGCCAGUUUCUGUCGCGCUCAUCACCUCUCGAGAAAAAGAGCUCGUCGACAUGGAUCACGCGGCGGAUGCAAUGCGUACGGACUUGAUGACCUUGACCCGCCACGUUCUGAACGAGCAGAGCAAAUACCCCGAAGCUCGGGGAGAUCUCACCAUUCUGCUCAACCAUAUCGUGCUGGGCUGCAAGUUUGUGUGCUCUGCUGUGAAUAAGGCUGGUCUUGCAAAGCUUAUCGGACUCGCUGGAGAAACCAACGUGCAGGGUGAAGAGCAAAAGAAGCUCGACGUCCUUUCGAACGAAGUCUUUGUCAAAGCACUUACCUCCAGCGGCCGAACCAACAUCUUGGUUUCUGAAGAGGACGAAGACGCCAUCGUGGUUCCCGAGAAAUUGCGCGGGAGGUACUGCGUGGUUUUCGACCCCCUCGAUGGUUCUUCCAACAUCGAUUGCGGUGUCUCCAUUGGAACUAUCUUUGGCAUUUACAUGCUCGAGGAAGGCCAAGCUGGUACAGUCGAAGAUGUACUGAAACCAGGAACAGCCAUGGUGGCUGCUGGCUACUGUAUGUACGGUAGUUCUUGCACGUUGGUGCUGAGCACCGGUGAGGGAGUUAACGGUUUUACCUUGGACCCCUCCCUCGGAGAGUUCAUCUUGACCCAUCCUCUGAUCAGAAUCCCCAAGAAGGGCAAGAUCUACUCUGUCAACGAAGGAAAUGCUAAGAACUGGGACGAGCCGACAACCAAGUAUGUUGAGAAGGCAAAGUUCCCAACAGACGGUUCGUCUCCUAAAUCCCUACGAUACAUUGGAAGUAUGGUGGCAGAUGUUCACCGUACCCUCUUAUAUGGAGGAAUCUUUUUGUACCCCGCCGAUAAGAAGAGCCCCAAUGGAAAGCUCCGAGUUUUGUACGAGGUCUUCCCCAUGUCUUUCCUCGUCGAACAGGCAGGAGGACAAGCAUUCACUGGCAAACAGCGCGCUCUUGAGCUCGUGCCGACAAAAAUCCACGAGCGGUCACCCAUCUUUUUGGGUAGUUACGACGACGUGGAAGAGGUGAAAGACUUGUAUGCCAAGUACUCUUAGGAUUCACUCACAUCAAUAUGAUGGGGCCAUGGAGCGGUCCCCUUCAUUACGGGAAAUUUCACUUGUUAGAUACUCCCCUCUCAAUUUUCAACCACGCAAAGACCAUAGAAUGCAGUUUGCAUCGAACUGAUCCUGCCGGAACGUUGUAAAUUUUUUAGUCUUUUUAUUCCCUCUAUUGUAUAGUCAGUCUCAUGCCAUUUGGACCUCGGUUUGCUUUUUUGAGUAAAUUGAGGCUCCAGUGACAAGGUUGAUUCUAUCUCGGAGAUUUCCGAAGGAAGAUUUCCAGUUUCCAGAAAUUAUCAGUCGAAGAAUUUAGUUGGGACAUCAAUAGCCAAUCUCCGCUUCAUAAGAUUAGGAAGGUCAGAUUUUACAGGCUUGCUUUGAUGGAGCUAAGCUAAGGUCCUGUCGAAGCAGGAAGGAUAGGGUUGCAGCGAGCUGAAAACUAGAGGAACUUUGGCCGAUAUGCAUGUAAAUCUUUUAAAUCUUGAUGAGCGUCGUCCUUUACACCUCAUAUUGUGAGACCAACCAACAAAUCUAAGCUUCUCAAAUUCUGUCGCAGUUCGU